UCAUCAUCGCCCGAUCCAACCUCCGACGACAUCCACGACCGGCGCUAAUCGCACUCAAUCGACUGCCGGGAGCAUCGACCACCUCACAUCGAUCAAUUGACGCGCCUGCUCGAUCGCAUCCCACCCCAAACCCGCCCAUCAUGCCUCAGGACAUGCCCCCUCGGGGCGGGUACGAACCCGUCCAAUUCAAGCGCAACCUGCCCGCCAAGGGCUUCCGCCCCGGUGUUCUGCUGCUGGGCAUGGGCGCCGUCAUGACCUACGGAUGGUACAGGCUCACAGUCGGCAUGCGCGAGCUGAAUGAACUCCGCCGCGAGAAGGUGUGGUCUCGCAUCUACCUCACCCCUCUCCUCCAGGCCGAGGAGGACCGCGACCAGGUCCGCCGAUACUGGGCCGACCAGGCGCGCGAGAAGGAGCUCUUGGGCGAGAACAGCAAGGUUUACAGCACAGACAGGUUCGUCCGGCCGACGUACGCAGUGGCACCGAGCACGACUGCCAACGGGAAGGAGUAGAGAAAUGGGUAGAGAACUGUACAUAUGCAAACUGUCUUUUCUUAGAGUCCAAGGGAAUACCAAACCAUUACUUCACAACACAUCUACGUGUGCAUCCUCUCACCAGAACAGCAUUUACA